UUCCAGAAUGUGAUAUUAUGUUUGAUUACCUCCUCUGAUUAGUUGAAUAGUUGUUGUGCAUCAUUUGCUAUGUGUUUGCUUGCGGACACAAAUGUACCUCGAUCGAUCGACAAUCACUAUUAGCAUUACUUCUAAAAUGAAUCAUACAUUCGACAAUAUGACUGAUGAUUCGUCCAUCAAUGAUACAGUAGAUCGGAUAUGCUCGUAUUUGGACCGUCUACUCAACAGUGAUGAUAACAUUGACCUGAAUGAUUUGACCAAAUCAACCACAACCAGAACCCGGUCAAUGAAAUCGAUAACAACGACAGUAUUCAAUUUGAAUGGCGAUCGGAAAAUGAUAUUGGAAAUUUGUUUGAUUCUCUCAUUACUAACUCUCAUGAUUAGUUUUUCGGUAUAUUGCAUAUUGCCAAAUCUACGAACUGUUCCGGGUAAAUGUUUGAUGGGGUUGAUUUGUAAUGAAUUUCUGACAAAUCUGUUGAUAUUCAUUGCCAUCGAAUUGCCAAGAAAUCAAUUGAAAACGGUUUGCAUGACGGUGGCCAUAUGUUUACAUUAUUUAUUGCUUAGCAUGCUAAGUUGGACCAAUUUGAUCGCAUUCGACAUAAUGCGAAAAGUACGGUCUCCAACACUGGUAUUGCGUGGUAUACUUCGCUAUUUUAUUCUGGCCCAUCUCUUUCCAGCAUUCAUCAUAGUGAUUGCAUUGGCAAUGGAUUUUUUCAAUCGUCAUUACUGGUCCACCAGAAACAACAACAGUGAUGGAACUCGGUCCAGAAUUGUCAAUAAAAUUUUAUCAUUUCGACCGAAUUAUGGUGACCAUAACCAUUGUGGUAUCAGUAAUGUUCGUGCCCAUUUUUUAUUUGUUGUUUUGCCAAUAUCGUUGUCGUUUUGUUUUAUUGUUCUGACAUUGAUUGCCGCCAUCGUUCGGAUCAAAUCCUCUGCACAAGGCUUGAGUCGUGCAUUCAAAUCGUCAACAAACCAGGAUAAUAAUAGUGAGAGGAGAACGACCACAACACACAAUGAUUCGAAUAACAGCAGCCAACAUCGUAGUGGUCGACUAAUGGCCAGCAAUUCAUUACAACAACGUCUGGUUUGGUAUAUGAAAAUCUUUAUCCUGUUGGGCGUAUUGAAUCUGCUAACAUUGAUCGGGAAUGCCUUUCUCAAUAAUUGUCAGGUGGCCAAUUUCUGGUCAUUAAUGUUAUUAUCAUCACAUGGUACCUGUAUAUUUAUUGCAUUUGUGUGUAAAAAAUCCAUUUUCCGUCAACUAUAUCGACACCUUAAAUCGGAUUAUUCGCGAACAAGUUGCGUGCUUGGUGCUGCUGGUGCCAAUCAUAACAAUAGCAACAAAUUUGAUAAUAGCCAACGACAGUCGACUAUACGAAAUAAUGAUGAUGAUCACCGUAAUCAUCAUCAUCAUCGCGGAUCACGGCAGCCCAAACAUGACAAUGAUAAGGACGGUGAUGAAAGGAAUGGAUGGAAAGAAUCGGCAAUGUAUCUGUAA